UUAUUGAGGAGGUGAAAGUAGCAGCAGAGACUGGAUGUGUGUGGACGGAGCUUGUUGUUCCAAAGUCAUAUACCCUCUGGAAAUCUUGUUUUCAAAACAUCCCAAGUACAACUUUCCUCAGCACGGAGCUGUGCUGCCUGUGAUGCCUAAGUUCAUGGCAGUGCUGUGUUUCUAACCUGUGGAUACAAUGCAGUGCCAAGCAGGCUGGGUGGUGAUUGAAGUUAUCUGUAGGUUCCUGGGGAUAUCUACAACUGCAGUACUUAUUGGAGUUGGAAUUGAAACUUUGCAACAAGGACAAUUUCCAAGUCUGGCUUAUUAUUUAUUGUUUGCAUCAGCUGCAGUAGCAAUCUGUGAAGGAUCUUUCUUCUUGCACUUAUUCCUCACACGUUGUUUUAGUUGUCAAAAGGAGCCCAGCCUAUAUGUCUACUUAGGGAAAACAGCUCGUAUGGGAGGAUUUCAAAAAUUCGUAGGAUAUGGACUCCUCUCUGUGGCAUGUUUCCUUCACCCUGUCCUAGUGUGGCAUGUUACUAUUCCAGGAACCAUGUUAGUUGUUACUGGCUUAGCCUAUCUUGUCUUGAGUAAGCGGAAGAAGAAUAAAGAUAAAGAAUGUAUUUCCCAGACAGAUUAUUACACAGACCCAUCCACCACAGAUGUUGCCCUAACAAGGGCUGGAGACACAGAGCAAACAUACACAUUCACUGGGAAUCUAAAAGAAAAAAGAGAAUCACUCCUUACGCAGAUGAGAAGCAUUCUCAAAGUAAAAAAGGAUCAACCUCUAUCCAAGAGCCAAGGCCCUGACAAAAGUUAUAAGGAUGUUUCUGUGGACAUAUCUCCGAAGAAAAAGCAGGUACACUUUGAAGAGAAAGUCAUCAAAAUCAUCCCUGCGGAGGAAGGAAUUCUAGAUGAUCAGGACAGUGAAGUGGAGGAUACAACCUCAGAUACGGUUCCUAUAAUAGUUACUGAGCCCAAACAUGCACACAGUACGUUACCUAUGACUCCUGGCAUCUUCUAAGGAUGCAUUACAAAAUGUAUAGAGAAAUUUACACUUUAAAUUCUGUUGAGAUUCUAAGAAGGACUGUGAAUCUCCAUUGACCUCUUAUUGACUGUUUGAACUGAAUAAUCUUACCAAUAUAUGUACCAAGAUACAAUGUGAAAAUUAUCACCUGUACUUCCAUUUUCAAUGCAGAAUGCACCAAAAACGCUACAUAAAUAUAUUGUAUGAUAUUGUCUGGCAGUACUGUGAAUUAAUGCUAUGUGAAAAACCAUAUGAUUAAACUUGUUAUCAGAUCAUUUUAUUAUGACAUAUAAUGUUCUAAUGGAGUAAAAUGCUCUAAGAUCUGGAUCUUAUUCCAAAAGAAUUACAAGAUUUACAAGUUAUACUAUAUUCCUGUAAUAUGAUCAACUAAAUUGUUUUACAGAUUUAUCAUCUAUGUAUAGCUUCCAGAUGUCAAAUAGAAAGAAGCAAGUGUUUAAACAUUUAUUCUAUAAAAUGUGUGUUUCAGAUUCUCCUCUACUAUCAACAUGGUAUACUUUUUCUGUGUGUUACAUACAAAAGUGAGAAAUGUCUCAAGAUUUAAGAAAACAUAAAGGUCCCUACAUUUAACAAAUAAAUAGAAAAAUAUUAAGAUCAAUAAGCUUUAGAUGUUCCAUUUUGUCCAUUCUACCACCUUCCUUCUCCAAUGUAUUAGCAUUUUGGAGAAAGCAGACUGAUUUGUUUUCUGGCUGGGAGGUCACCUACGGCAACACAGACCAUUCUCCAGUACCUUCAUCAGCCUUAAUAAUUAUGUCAGUUUAACUCCCUUAGGAGUCUGGGAGUGCACCCCCCACCACCCCCAAACGCACACACACACACAUGUUUAUAACAUAUUAACUUUUAGCCAAGCUUAGUGAUCAUGUCUGUAAGGG